ACACUUGCCAACAAACACUUCAGUGCCUUUUGAUAGUAUUGUUAGGUGUCCGUUUGUUUACUGCAUUUAUUACACUAUGUCAUCCGGCGGCUGGGAAUUAGUUGGAAGAAAUAAAAAGGAUAAAAACAAUGGAAAAGUCAAUAAACUCACAAAGGCAGAAAAAAAGAAAUUUAUCGAAAAUGCGCCAAAAGUGGAAGAUUUUCUUCCCUUGAACCAAGUGAAAACUUUGUAUGAUAACUUGGAUAAUAAUAAAGAAAAUAAAAAACCAUCGAAGGAGAAGGAAAACAAAAUAAAAGAAAAUGAAGAGAGAAAAAGACAACAAAAACAACAAUCUGAGAAGAAGAAGGAAGAACCUAAGGCAAAGCUUCCAAAGUCUAUAAAAGAUGCAUUAAAUGCGAUUGAUGCAGAUGAGCUUCAGAUUGUUUUGACUACUAGUCAAAAUAGAUUUCCUGAGGCUCCACUGAUUUGGUUAAAAGAUCUUGCUGCCUUUCUCAAUGUAAAAAUACCUAUUGAUAAAGAAGAUGCUGUUUUCUCUGGAAAACCUAAAGAUUAUCCAUUAAGUAUAGUACCUAAACCAAUUUCUUCCACCUUAGAAAAAGCCAUUGAAGUAGCAGGGAAACAAACAGCGCAACUUUUUUAUGAAAACACUCUAACUACAAUGGCUACUGAUAUGGUUAAAGGAACACCUGUUGUGGGUCACAAAAUAUUUUUACAACUUUUAGCACACACUAAUCCUGAAAUGACAGUGGCCAAUAUUCCCAAAUUGAUCCGUGCAAAAAGUUCUUACCAAAAUAGAAAAACUAUUGGUUUAUCUCUGCUAUGGGCUUUAUCUCAAGCUGGUAGAAGAAACUUGGCUGUGGGUUUAAAAGUGUGGCAUGAAGUAAUGUCUCCCAUGUUAGAAACAAAAAGUUAUUGUAGUUAUGUAGUAGAAAUUUUGAAUGAUCUUGUAUUUGAACAUGAAAAUUUUCAUGAUCUUAAACCAGAAUUUUAUCUUGAUAUUGUGGAAGAUACAUGUUCUGGAAAGUAUAAUGUUCCUGCCAGUGUAGGCAGAGAAAUCAAUAAUAGCAUUGAAAAAUUAAGAUUAAUACUUUUUAAAAACAAAAAUUUAAGUUAUGUGAAACUGUUUGAAAUGUUAGUUACAAAAGUUACACAGAAAGUACAUGCAAACUACAGGGAUGAAUUAAUUAAAGCACUUGUAAAAUGUUUGGCUACAGACCCACUUUGUUUUUCUGUCUGGAUAUCUCUUUAUGCCAAAAAUUUGUACCAAUCUCAAUUGAUGUUAACAUACAUUGAUACCAAAUGGUGUACAUUACACACAACAUUGGAAACAAAAUUUUUAAAAGAAACGUGCAUAGUAUUUCAGACAACUAAUGAGAGGUGGAAAAGAGGUAAAGAUGAGAAUCUCUCUCACAGUUGUAAUAAAAUAUGUAAGGCAUUAUUAUUGAAAAUGACAGCUUCUGCAAGUAAGAAAUUUCCAUGGAAAAAGGGAAUUAUUUUGCUAUUAUUUUUUAUUAGUGUCGUUGUUGGUUAUGAUAUUUACCAACACGGUAAUUUCGAAGAAUCCCACACAGAAGCCACUUCACCAGAAUAUUAUAAAGUUACUGUGGAAGCAUGUAAACCUUAUAUCAAAUUGGCUGGUGAUGUUUACCUUAUAGUGAGAAAUGUUUCUCUUAAAGUUUAUGAUAAUGUUGCAGAAUAUGCUGGAAAGAAAGGACCUUUGGUUUUACAAACAAUAGAGCAUUAUGUUCCAGGGAUAUUGGAUGAAGUUAAAUUACGAAGUAACCAGAGUUUAGAAUUUGUGAAGGUUUACUCAAACUUAUGUGUAGAGAAGCUGUGUGAACAUUCAAUUGCAACACUUCGAUGGCUUGAAAAAAAUGUUUUUGUCGGAAAAUUAAGUCCAGAAAGUUUGCAAAAUUAUGCUUCAAAAGCUAUUGACACCACACAAACAUUGGCAAGUCAAACUUAUGAUUGGGUCUAUGAAAAGGUGCAAACACUUUCUAAAGUUCCAUGAAUAAAAUUCAUUGGACUUCGCGAACCGAUUUUCUCGGUAAUAAAAAUCUCCUCCCACACCACUGCAUUUAGUUCUAUGAUUCCAAAGUUGAUACUACACAUUUCCAAAUAUAUUGUGGCGCCAUUUUACCUGUGAUAUUUGAAAAAUGUAUCAUAU